AUGAAUUAUCAAGAACUUCUCAGCUUUCUGCAAAAUCCGCAAGUUAAAGAGCUUUUUACUAAGUUUCAAGCCGCGCUCAACGCUGACAGUCAACUCAAUGCUUAUCAAGCCAAGACGCAGUCACUUGGGACCGAAAAUGCUGAAUUGAUUCAACAACUCCGGAAUAUGAAGGUAGCUAUGCUGGAACUCGUGGCGGAGAGGGAUGUUUUGAGAGGGCAACAUGCCGCCAUCUUAGGAGAGAGGGAUUUCUACAUGCAAGCCAACAAGCUGCGCGCAAAGGACCUCACCGACAAGAACCUGGAAAUCCAAGCGCUUGAGGACAAAUUGGCGGCUAGUCAAGAGCAGAGCACCAGGAACAGUAUGAAGCUCCUGGAACAACAUGACAAGGAGCUCUACGACAAGAGCUUGGCCAUUCUACAACUGGAUAGCCACCUAUCUGCUGCGAAGCAAGAAACCAUCGAUAAGCUCAAGGUGCUCCAGGAGCAACAUGACAAGCAGAUCAUGAACAAGGAUCUCGAAAUCCAAACGCUUCAGGAGAAAUUGGCGACUGGUCAGGGGCAACAUGCCAAGGUGCUUAACGACAAGGACCUGCCCAUCCAAGAACUGGAGACCCGCUUACCAGCUGCUGAACAACAACCCGUCUACAAAAUUUUAGAGUUCACAAAUGAGAACAACCUACGCUCUCUAAUGCUCCAGGUGGACAGCAUCAGGGCUAGGCCACUUGGAGUGAAAGGCUUGCAAAAGAAGUUGCAAGUGCCUCAGAAAAAGAAGAAGGUUGUCCCUAAGCCCACUCAACUCCACACUGAACUCGGCAAGCUCUACAUAGAGCUCCAGGAGGCUAAGAAGCCACAGGAGGCUCUCAUGGCUCAGUUGGCUGCUAAGGACAAGGAAAUCGAGUAUCUCAUGGAGCAACUCGAAGGGAAGAAUUCAGAGAUCCAGAAUCUGAAGGAAAUGAUUCAGGAAGGAGAUGAGAUGAAUGAGAAUGUGAUGGCAAAAGAUGGGAAGAUAGAAGCGUUUGUGGCGGAUUGGGUGGCAAAGCUUAAACGCGAUCGUGACGGACAAUCGGAAUAA